AUGACAGAAACAACUUACUUCAUUACAGGAACAAACCGUGGUAUUGGUUUAGAACUAGUUAAACAAUUAUUACAAGAUCCUUCAAAUCAUGUUAUUGCAACUUUACGUCGUAUUGAUGAUUAUCCAGAAGUAUUUGUUACUAAAAAUCCAAAUUUAACAAUUUUAAGAUUAGAUUAUAAUAGUGAUAAUUAUCAAUCUAAUUAUGAAUCCUUGGCUAAUGAAUUGGCAAAAUUGGAUAAAGGUAUUGAUGUAUUCAUUGCAAAUGCUGCUAAAAAUGAUUCAAUUACAAAUGUAUUAGAUUCUUCAUUAGAUGAUUAUUUACAAUUCUUAAGAAUUAAUACAUUAGGUCCAAUUGAAACUUUAAAAAUAUUAAAACCAUAUUUAUUGAAAAAGAAAACAAGAAAAAUUAUCUUCACAUCAAGUAUCUUGGGAUCAAUUGGUGAAUUCCCAUUUUUUUUAAAUAAACAAUAUCCAUGUGCACCAUAUUGUUUAUCAAAAGCUGGUUCAAAUUCAUUAGGUAAAAUCUUAAGUUUUGAAUUAGCAAAUGAAGGUUUUAUUGUUAUAAAUUAUCAUCCUGGGUUAAUAAAUACUAAAAAAAAUGAAAAUGUAUCUGAUGAUGAUUUUGGUGCAUUGAAAAAAGAAUUUGAACCGGAUCAAACUUUAUUAGAUUAUGUUGUCAAAAAUACUUUAAGUGUUCAAGAAGGUGUCACUAGAGAAUUGAAAAUAAUAAAUUCAUUAACUGCUAGUGAUAAUGGUAAAUUCUUAACACAUGAUGGUAGUGAAUUACCAUAUUGA